GUUGUGUCCUGUCGGUUGGAGCACAGUGCCUUGGGCCUUCCAAGUUGGCAUCUUCUGAAGAAAGAACGUAAGGGGUGGUGCAAUAAUUACAAGAAUUGGAGAACGGAGGUAUGACAACCUUUCCAAACUGUUGCCGGUGAAGCACCCUUAAGCAUGGAGAACUUUAUUUUGUAUGAAGAGAUAGGAAGAGGAAACAAGACAGUUGUUUAUAAAGGAAGAAGAAAAGGAACAAUUAAUUUUGUUGCCAUUCUUUGCACUGAUAAAUGCAAAAGAGCUGAAAUAACAAACUGGGUUCGUCUAACUCAUGAAAUCAGACAUAAGAAUAUAGUGACAUUUCAUGAAUGGUAUGAAACAAGCAACCAUCUCUGGCUUGUAGUGGAAUUAUGCACAGGUGGUUCUCUGGAAUCGGUUAUUGCUCAAGACGAACAUCUACCUGAAGAUGUAGUGAGAGAAUUUGGUGUUGAUUUAAUUACUGGUUUACACCAUAUUCAUAAUCUUGGAAUUAUCUUUUGUGAACUGACGCCAGGAAAGAUCCUGCUGGAAGGGCCUGGCACCCUGAAAUUUAGUAAUUUUUGCUUGGCUAAGGCAGACGGUGAGAACUUGGAAGAAUUUUUUGCUUUAGUUGGAUCUGAGGAAGGAGGGGGAGAUAUCAGUGAAAGCACUCCACAAAGAUACCUGAAAAAUAGAUUCCAAGGCUCUCCAUUAUACACAGCUCCAGAAGCAAUAAGGGGAGAAGACUUCUCCAAAUCCAGUGAUCUGUGGUCCUUGGGCUGUUUACUUUACGAAAUGUUCUCAGGAAGACCACCGUUCUUCUCGGACAGCUUUGCUGAAUUAAUUGAAAAGAUUUUAUAUGAAGAUCCGUUGCCACCUAGACCAAAGGGUUCUGCUUUUCAGAAACCUUCUGCAGAGUUCAUUAGUUUGCUUGAUGGCUUGCUUCAAAAGGAUCCCCAGAAAAGGCUGAACUGGACAGACCUAUUGCAGCAUCCAUUCUGGAAAGGCUCCCUUAGCUGUUGCGAUAGUGAUUCUGCACACAGUCAGAACAUAAGCUCAAGUAGUGAAGACGCGGAGUCAUAUGUACCUUGGGAUGUCAAGGAGACAGUAGAUACUCAUACAGAUCUAGAUAACCUGUCAUCCUCAAGAACAGAUAAUAAGCUGCCUAGCAGUUCUUUCAAAAUAGUAGAAAAUCUGACAGAACUGCGGCCGAAAAGUGCAGCUGAUGGUGAAUCAAAUGAAUCCCUAUUUCUCCUCAGUUCUCGUCCCACUCCUAGAACUAGCACUGCAGUAGAAAUAAGUGACGCUACUAUUGCCCCAAUCCAAAAUUCUCCCCAAAGAGAGUCAUACUUGACAAAGGCUAAAAAUACGUGCUCAAGUCAGCAGGAUAUGGAGUCAACACUGAAAGAGCUCAUUUACACUGAAUCUGAUCUUAUCAUAACACCGAUCAUUGACAAUCCAAAGAUAAUGAAGCCAAUGCCAGUUAGGUGUGACUUGAAAACUUUGCAUAUACCAGCACAUUCAGCUGAGAAAUUAUUAUCUAUGAAAGACAUGGACUGGAAUGACUUCUUACAACAAUUGUGUUCACUGCUUGAUUCCACUGAGAAGAAUACAGCAGCAGCACGUUCUAAACUGAAUUUACUGUAUUACUUGUGCACUGUGGCUGUCCAUAAGGAAGUUGCAGGCAGGCUAAUGAGCUCUCAGCUGUUUCCAGUAUUAAUACAGCAGCUGCGUGCAGCCGCCAACUGGGAUAUACGUGCCAAAGUUGCUCGAGUGAUUGGUUUGCUGGCAUUACACACACCUGAACUUGGAGAAAAAGUUCCUGUUUCUGAGGCAAUCAUAACUUUAACUGAACUGAUCAGAGAGAACUUCAGGAAUAGCAAAUUGAAACAAUGCCUUUUACCAACACUUGGGGAGCUUCUUUACCUCAUAGCCAAUCAGGAGGAAAAAAAAGAGCACCCUAGAGAAUGCUGGGUUGUUCCCUUGGCUGCUUACACUGUGCUAAUGAGGUGUCUUCGGGAAGGGGAGGAGCGCGUUGUGAACCAUUUGGCAGCAAAAAUCAUCGAAAAUGUUUGCACUACUCUCUCUUGCCAUGCACAAGGAUUUGUUACAGCAGAAAUUGGACCUGUGUUGUGGUACCUUUUCACACAUUCUACAGUAGAUUCCCUGAAGAUAACUGCUGUUUCGGCUUUAUGCAGAAUUACUCGUUACUCACCCAGUGCUUUCCAGAGUGUCAUUGAAAAAGUGGGAUUAACAGCUGUACUAAACUCCCUGGCAACUGGAAUAUGCAGAAUUCAGCAGUACAUGCUCACCAUGUUUUCUGCUAUGUUGUCCUGUGGGAUUCAUCUUCAGAGACUGAUUCAAGAAAAGGAUUUUGUGACUACAGUUAUUCGUUUAUUUGAAAGUCCAUCGGCUUUCAUUCGAGCAAAAGCCUUUCUGGUCCUGUUGCAAGUUUUAAUUAAUAACAGGGAGAUGUUGCUACUCAGUUGUCAAGCAAGACUCGUGAUGUAUAUUGAAAGAGACAGCAGAAAGGCCACACCAGGAAAAGAGCAGCAAAGCGGCAAUGAAUACCUGUCAAAAUGCCUGGAUCUUCUCAUCUGUCACAUUGUACAGGAACUGCCAGGAAUUCUAGGUGACAUUCUCACUGCCCUAACUAAUGUCUCUGGACGUAAACACCCAUCAACAGUUCAGGCAAAACAGCUGAAGAUGUGCCUUCCCAUGAUGCCUGUAGUGCUUCAUCUUGUGACAUCUCAGGUAUUUCGUACCCAGAUAGUAACGGAGGAGUUUCUUUUCAACUAUGGGACCUUACUUAAUUUUAUCAAAUCAAUAGAUUCAGGAGAAACAAACUUGGAUGGAGCAAUAGGGCAAGCUGCAUCAGAAGAAUUGAUUAAGACUACUUUAUCAGCAUUUGAAGCAGUAACACAGCAUCCUGUCUUGUUGACAAUCCAUCGCUUUACAGUUGAAGAUUGUAUCCUCCCUCCAUUAGUUUCCUUGGUCCGCAGUCAAAAUGUGGAAUGGAGACUCUUCAGCUUGCGGUUGCUCUCAGAAACCACAUCACUGCUUGUAAGCCACGAGGUCAUGGCUGAGGAGAAAGAGGAGAGCCUCAACUCAAACAGCAAGCUUCUGUCUCUCAUUAGAGACUCAUUGCUGCCUCAGUAUGAGCACAUUCUUAUGGCUCCUGAUCCAGUACCAGCGUAUGCUCUGAAACUGUUAGUGGCCCUGACGGAACAGAGCCCUGCAUCUGUCAGCUUUAUUGAAGAAAACCACCUUGUUGCUGUUCUUUUCCAAGUCAUCUUGGAACACCAAGACAGUAUACUAGGUAGCACGAUGCAAAGUGUAAUCGCCUUACUGAGUAAUUUGGUUGCUAACAAAAGCACAAACAUGAUGUUACUCUAUAAAGAAGGACUGGCUCAUCACAUCUGUAAUCUCCUAAUAGAAACUGUGGCUCUGUAUUUGGAGGCAGAUGAUAAAAGCAUCACUAAGACAGCAAAUGCAAUGCUUCUGUCCUUGCUUGAUAUUUUGCACUGCAUGCUGAUGUAUACAGCAAACAUUGUACGCCUGGCUUUACAGGCACAGAAAUCUGGCACAGGAGGGGACACGCAGGCUGCUGAAGACCUUCUGCUUAUCAAUAAACCCCUGACAGACCUAAUUAGCCUGCUUAUUCAACUGCUUCCCAGUGAAGAUAUUGAAAUAUUCCAGAAUGCAUCACAGUGCUUAUCAUUACUGGUUCAGUUGUAUGGAGGGAGCAGUCAGGAGAGCAUGUCUCCAGAAAACAUGGACAGCUUUGCUGAAGUAUUGAAGUCCAAAAAAGAUUCAAGACAACUGAAGCUGUUGUUGAGAAUUAUAAAGAGACUGAUAACUUCAAACGCAAAGCACUGGGAGAGCCUGAAGAGUGAUGGCGAUGCUCUUAUCCAGGCUCUGGAGGGACUGGCCCAAACUGCCAGCUCCCAUGCGGAUGUUGCUGUUGCUGCCUUGGCAUUUGAAAUUCUGAAAACAGCAGGACGCAAAAAUACCAAGACUACCCAGUGAGCCAUUUUUUUGAGCAGGCUGAUGAAAUGCACAAGUGCUGGAGCUGCUCAGCACUUCUGGCCUGAACCUCUUCAAAUGAGCUGGGCAGACCUAAUGAAUUUAGGCAGCUAGCUGAGUUUUAGCUGUGGAUGAGCAUAUGCAUGAUUGAGGGAGAGAAAGGACUUAGGGAGAGAAACUUUUCUGUUUGUUUUUUUUGUUUUUGUUUUGGUCAGGGUGAAUCCCUGUGCUUGUACUUUUGACACUAUGAUGUGCUAUAGUUCAAGUAUUUGACAUUGAACAUUUGGAAAGCGUAAAUUAAAUAAAUAGUAUAGUUCUUUCACAAGAUGAGCAGAAUGUGUUUAUUUUGAGCUGUUAGGACUCUAAAUUAGGUGACUGUCAUAGCAGUUCAUGUUAAGGGGUCAUCUCAUUCAUGCCUAGGGCUAGCUCUAGAUAAUACCUUUUAACCAAAAAAUACAACUUACUUCAUCUCACACAACCAGAAUCAACCCUGUGAUCACAUAAAGGCUAAGUAUUGGUGUAUGAGUCAUGUAAGCAUGCUAGAGCAGUUUUUUUCUUUCUUUUUUUUAAACUUACUUAAUAUAAUAGGCUCUUUUGCAAGGACAUCUGUACCAUUGAUGCCUAGCACUGUGCAGCUUAAAGCUGCUUUGGUGAAGUAGUGUUGUUCUCAGCUGACAACCUGCCUGGCUAUAUCCCCUCUUGGAAAACAGGUGAG